AUGGAUAUUGCCUCCGUGACACAAGGUCUUUCAGAGAUCUUGGUCGACUUCUUAUAUCUAUCUUAGCGGGGUCAUAUUAGUUGACUCUAGGUCCUCCAUCGGUGACAAUGGCAAAAGCGUGAUAUCACCGCUUGGUCCUGGUGGAUCCGCAACUAUCAAAUUCUUGUCCAAUUACAGUGCAAGAACCAACAUCGCAUCUUAAACGAGAAAGGAUCGCCGACGAUGGCUACUCAAGAGCCCAUCGCCAUCAUUGGAAGUGGUUGCCGCUUUCCGGGAAACGCAAACACACCAUCGGCGUUGUUUGACGUACUCCAGAAUCCUCAAGAUCUCCUCAGUUCUAUCCCCGAAGAGAGGUUUAGCACGCGGGGCUAUCAUCACGAGAAUGGACAGUAUCAUGGCCACACGAACGUCCGGCAGUCAUAUCUUCUAUCCGAAGCGGGUGCACAUCGGUGUUUCGAUGCCCAAUUCUUCGGGAUCAGUCCGGCUGAAGCCAAUGUCAUCGAUCCUCAGAUGCGGCUCCUUCUGGAGACCGUCUAUGAGGCUCUUGAGGAUGCUGGUCAGACUAUUAAGGGCCUUCAGGGCUCUAAUACGGCCGUCUACGCUGGCUUGAUGACUUCUGACUAUGAACAUAUAAUGAGUCGGGAUGAGGACUCCAUGGGCACAUACCACGUGACGGGAACCGCCAAAUCGCUCUUGUCGAACAGGAUAUCUUAUUUCUUUGACUGGCACGGGCCGUCUAUGACUAUCGACACAGCUUGCAGUUCCAGUCUCUACGCUGUACAUCAUGCCGUGCAGCAACUCCGCUCCGGAUCUUCACGGGUUGCUGUUGCUGCGGGAUCCAACCUCCUUCUAGACCCUGUCGGGUAUAUCGGGGAAAGCAAGCUGCAGAUGCUCAGCCCUGAUAGCAGAUCGCGGAUGUGGGACGCGAAUGCAAAUGGUUAUGCGCGAGGGGAAGGAGUUGCAGCUAUUAUUCUGAAGACAUUAAGCGACGCUGAGAAGGAUGGUGACAAAAUCGAUUGCAUUAUUCGCGAGACAGCUGUGAACCAGGAUGGGCGAACAAAGGGUAUAACUGUACCGAGCGCCGAGGCACAGGCGAACUUGAUCCGCGAUUGUUAUAAUCGCGCUGGCCUGGAUAUUUCUAGUCCCGCCGACCGGCCACAAUUCUUCGAGGCCCAUGGGACUGGAACGCCUAGCGGAGAUCCAAUUGAAGCUGAAGCUAUUAGCAGCGUCUUUUUUGACCGCAACAUAUGCAGUAGCGCGAGUCUUGAACAAUUAUUGGUUGGAUCGAUAAAAACAGUAUUAGGACAUACUGAAGCGGUAGCUGGUCUAGCGGGAAUCCUCAAGGCUUCAUUGGCGCUGCAAAAUUCGGUCGUUCCGCCUAAUCUGUUGUUCAACCGUCUCAACCCCAAAAUUAAGCCCUUUUACGAUAGAUUACACAUUCCCAUCACGGCUACACCAUGGCCAGAUGUAUCAGAAAACAGUCCUCGCAGAGCGAGUGUCAAUAGCUUUGGAUUUGGCGGUGCUAACGCCCACGCCAUCUUGGAGAGCUAUUCGGUGCCCUCGAGUAAAAAUAGUAGCAGUGAUGGCCCAGUAUUCUGCCCAUACAUUUUCUCGGCAGCCUCUGAGGCUUCUUUAAUCCGCUACCUAGAGACCUUUUCCCAUUAUCUCAGGACUAAAGGGGGAAACGUUAGUAUGCGAGAUUUGGCUUACACAUUAAAUUCUCGACGUUCACGGUUUCCUUUUGUGGCCAUCUUCUCGGCUUCUACACCGGAACAGUUAGCAUCGAAAAUAGAUCAAUACGUUGGGAACCUGAAGCUGGAUGCUGGAGAUCUCCUGGGAGCUCAAUCAUCGGACAGCUCUAAGCCAAGAGCUUUGGCGAUUUUUACCGGCCAAGGUGCUCAGUGGGCUCGCAUGGGGGCCAGAAUAGUCUCGGAGUCUGCUUCUUCUCGACUUGUACUCGAUAAACUUCAAGCGAGAUUAGCUCGUCUACCAGUCGAGGAUCGCCCGCCAUGGCUUCUUGUAGAAGAGCUUGAAAAGGAAGCUAGCUCUUCUCGCGUAAAUGAAGCAGAGUUAGCACAAACGCUCUCGACUGCAAUAGGAAUCCUUCUCGUGGAUAUCCUCCGAGAGGCUCAUGUCGGGCUGACGGCUGCUGUGGGUUUCUCAUCCGGUGAGAUAACCGCGGCCUAUGCGGCUGGGAUAAUAUCGGCUGAAGACGCCAUAUGCAUCGCUUACUACCGCGGAUUGCACGCUAGGUUAGCACAGGGACCUGAAGGCCAAGUUGGUGCGAUGCUGGCUGUGGGAAGCUCGGCCGAUGACAUGGAGGAGCUCCUGCAAGAGCCUGAAUUCGAAGGCCGUGCCUGUGUGGCCGCUGUCAACUCGUCAGCCAGCGUUACGCUUUCUGGAGACGCAGAUGCCAUCGAAGAACUGAGCAUCGUUUUGAAAGACGAGAGAAAGUUCGCUAGACUUUUAAAGGUGGACAAGGCCUACCAUUCCCAUCACAUGAUCCCUUGCUCGACAGCGUACCUUCGUUCAUUACGAGAACUUAACAUUCAGACAAACGCUAAUUCUAGCUGUACAUGGUUCUCGAGUGUUUACGAAGACGAGGUUUCUAAUCUAAGGAGCUCCCUCGAAGGCCCGUACUGGGACAGCAAUAUGCUAAAUCCUGUGCUUUUCAAGCAAGCUGUAGAGCGCGCAUGCCUUGAGGCGGGUCCAUUUGAUGUUGCUAUCGAAAUUGGACCACAUCCAGCAUUAAAAGGGCCUGCCAUCCAAGUCAUCCAGGAUGUCACGGGCCGCACUAUCCCGUACACCGGUCUCCUCCAGCGUGGUGUUGAUGAUCUAGAGGCACUUGCUAACGGUCUUGGUUAUAUCUCGAAACAUAUAGGAGAUGGUUUCGUGGAUUUUAACUCGUACGACUCCUUCAUGUCCGACUCCGGCAAUCCGCAGUUGGUUAAGAUGCUUCCGCCAUAUUGUUGGAACCAUAAGGAAUACUGGCAUGAGUCAAGGUAUUCAAGGGCUGUACGCAGGCGAUCAGACAAUGUCCACCAGCUCCUUGGACAUAUAACUCCUGAUUCUACCGAGCGAGAGAUGAGAUGGCAGCAUCUACUUCGACCGAAGGAAAUACCAUGGUUAAAGGGCCAUCAGCUCCAGAACCAGAUGGUUUUCCCAGCUGCGGGCUAUGUAGUGUCGGCCUUAGAGGCUUCCAAAGCUAUACUUCAGGGAGCCCCCGCCUCAACUAUCGAGGUGUCAAAGCUCGAGAUUGGCCAGGCCCUCACAUUCGACAAUGCGGACUCGAGUAUAGAAACCUUAUUCUCCGUGACAAACAUUAUCAGAAGCAACAAUAAGGAAAUCACUGCCAAAUUCACCUUUAAUGCAGCAACUGGGAGAAAGGGAGAUGUACUUGACGUACUUGCUAGUGGUGAUAUCCGCAUAUGCCUCGGCGAUCCUUCGUCUGCGGCACUUCCUGCCAGGGGUGCGCGGCCCCCAAAUCUCAUCGCACUCAGAGCGGACGAUUUCUACACUGCCUUGGCAAAGCUAGAAUACCAAUAUUCCGACGACUUUGUUGCCUUGUCAGGCCUUGAGCGAAAGCUCGGCACUGCUACCGGGUUCAUUCAAGACACUAAGGGGUCAGAGCUUCUCGUGCAUCCAGCAAUACUGGAUGCAUCGUUCCAAUCUGUGCUACUCACCGCAUCGGCCCCUGAGGAUGGCGGUCUCUGGUCGAUGCACGUCCCGAGGAGAAUAGAGAGCAUUAUUAUUAAUCCUGAUUUAUGCGCGUCGGAGAUGUCAAAAGGUAAACGGUUGGCUUUCGACGCUUUUCAACCGAACGGUACCUCAACGAUCGCGGGCGACGUAGACAUCUUUCCAGAAGGAUCGCAUCAUGCUAUGAUUCAAAUUGAAGGACUCGAGUGCGUUCCAUUCUCGUCGGCUACUGAAAAAGAUGAUAAGAUUUUGUUCUCCUCCACGAUAUGGGGUAACAUCCUCCCGAAUGUUGUGGAUGUUGUGGAUGAUGGCCUCAAGAACCCCCAGCAGCGUGAUAUCGCCCGCGUACUUGAGCGUAUGGCUUGCUUUUACUUGCGCGAACUCAGUGGUACUGUUCCACUUGGGCACAAGUCAAGGCGCGAGGGUCCAUACGUAUCGUUCUUCAAAUUUGCCUCUUACGCGUUGUCUCGUGCGAAACAGCGUGGAAGUCCUUACUGGGAGCCAGAAUGGGAGAACGACACUUUUGAAACCAUAUUGAAGGCAUCUACCACCUAUAGAGACAUCAUUGACGUGCGAUUAUUACACGCUAUAGGCCAUAAGCUUGUUGAUAUCGUUAUGAACGAUGCACCAGCCAUCGAAGUCGGCAUGAAAGACAACCUUUUAGGGAAGUAUUACAAAGAAGCGAUUGGGAUGCAGGAAUAUACGCAGUAUGUUGCGCGUACAAUCAAACAACUUACUUUCCGAUCUCCUCGUCUUCAAUGCUUGGAGAUUGGAGCGGGUACUGGGGGUGCUACUAUCGAGAUUCUAAAGGAGACGGGACGAACCUUCUCAUCAUACACAUUUACCGACGUCUCAUCUGGAUUCUUCGACUCCGCGGAAACCGCAUUUAGUAGCCUAACAGACUACAUGCUUUUCAAAGUACUUGACAUCACGAAGGACCCUUGCCUCCAGGGUUUCGAGAAGCAUUCGUACGACUUAAUCAUAGCGUCUAUGGUACUGCAUGCCACACCGAAUCUACGACAAACACUUAAGAACGUCAGACGCCUGCUACGACCUGGUGGUUAUCUCGUCGUCCUAGAGGUGCAAAAUGGCUCACCAGCCCGCACUGGUACUAUAUUUGGUGCAUUUCCUGGCUGGUGGGUAGGCGCAGACGAGGGACGCGAGUUGUCACCUUGCGUUGACCUCGUGGAUUGGGACGACUUGCUUCGCAAGUCUGGAUUUUCCGGCUGUGAUACCACUACGCCAGAUGCGGACCCUUUCGUUCACUCAAUGACGGUAUUUUUGUCUCAAGCGAUUGAUGAUAGGGUGACCUUCAUCCGAGAGCCUCUUUCCAGUUCGUCUGCAACCUUCAACCCGGGUCCCCUCAUUAAAGACCUCGUCCUUAUCGGUGGAUGCAGCCUCAAAACAGCCAAACUAAAGGCACAGCUGGCACCUCUCUUACGCCAAUUCUGCGGUAGCAUUAAGAGUUUUAGGACUCUAGCAGAAAUAAAAUCUCUUGAGAUCUCCUCGAAGACUGUUGUGUUGAGUCUUGUAGACUUGGACCGACCAAUCUUCAGCGACAUAGACAGUAUAACAUGGGACCUGAUGACUUCCACUUUUCAGGAGGCGGGUGCCGUGCUUUGGAUCACAGAAGGUCGCCGAGCCGCCAAUCCAUACGCAAAUAUGAUAUGCGGGCUACUUCGGUCUGCGAUAAAUGAGAUCCCCGGCCUUGAAGUCCAAUUCCUGGACUUCGAAGAUCCUAAGAGCUUGGAUGCUAGGACUAUCGGGGAAGCUCUUCUCCACUUCAAAGCAGUGGCUGACUGGAAACAUGGUGAUCACCAUGCGUUUGAAGAAAAUGCAUUCGUUACUCUUGAGCGAGAGGUGAUUGUUGAAAAAGGCGGUCGACUGCUUAUUCCUCGCAUGAUGCCGAAAAAGGAGAUGAAUGAACGCUAUAAUUCGUCUCGACGUCCAAUCUCUUGUCUGACUGAUAUUUCAGACCAUGUAGUCAGUCUUGUGGCUACCGCCUCCGGUUACGCCCUCCAACGAGAGCCGGAAAUAAUAUCAGGGUCAAAAAUGGACUCCGCAACUGGACAGAUUACACAUUCACUCCUGGAUCCUAUUCGGGUAACUGGACAUGGUCAACUCUUCCUAGCGCUCGGAAUAGUACCGGAAUCUCGGGCACAGUUUAUCGCUUUUUCGACGAAGAACACGUCAGCACUCUCCCAGGAUACCUUCCUCACAGUCCCUAUUGAAGUGACACCAGGCUCAGAGGCAUCGUUCCUGUACUUGACCAGCUUGCUUGUCUUAGCCUCUCAAAUCUUCGAAGACGUUGAUGGCAGCGGCAAGAUCCUGGUCCAUGAACCAACUCCUGACUUGAUCGCAAUCAUUACAAAUAAAGCCAAAGCCAGGGACAUUGAUGUCACAUUCACUACCAGCCGCUACAAUAGCUCCCCGGAUUGUAUACUGAUUCAUCCAAACUCCCCCAAGCGAGUCUUGCAAGUUCUUCACCUUGAAUCAACAACUGCGUUCAUAGAUCUCUCCGAUACAGAUGAAAGCAGACGCAAUGCCAAUCGAAUUCGCACGCACUUGCCUACAUUUUGCAGAUGCGAGACGGUAUACGCUGAAAUCCAUGAAGGCGGUCGAUUGCCUUCACCAGCUUAUGCUAGCAAAGUGCGCGACCAGUUACAUAAAAUUGUCCUUGACGCUAGCAAUGAGCUUCCGAUGUUCUCAGGACUCAAUCAGCAAUGCAGAAUGGUCCGACCUGGAGAGAUAUCUGAAUACGACCAUUCGCUUGUGUCACAGUCCAUCGUUGACUGGAGUAUAGAGGACAAGGUAUUGACAAAAGUGUUACCUAUCGACUCUCAGCCAAUUUUCUCAGACUCUAAAACAUACUGGCUUGCCGGCCUCAGCGGUAGCCUUGGUCUUUCUCUGUGCGAAUGGAUGGUCCGUCACGGAGCGCGAUAUAUAGUUAUUUCAAGUCGCGCACCUAAGAUUGAGGACUCUUGGUUGGCGGAGAUGGCAGCCCUUGGUGCGGUUAUUAAAAUCUGUAUAUGCGAUCUUACCAAAGAAGAUGAAGUUGUGGCAUUGUACAAGGAGAUUUGUUCAACACUUCCUGCAAUAGGAGGAGUUGCUCAAGGUGCCAUGGUGUUACAAGAUACUGCCUUCAGUGAAAUGAGUCUCGAGACGUUUGAAAAAGUUAUCCGGCCAAAGGUGGAUGGAAGUAUACACCUAAACAACCUAUUCCAACAGGAUACCUUGGAUUUCUUCGUGUUCUUCUCGUCUAUUUCUAUAGCCAUUGGUACUCCAGGUCAGUCACCGUACGUUGCUGCAAACAUGUUCAUGACCAGUCUUGCCGAGCAACGGAGACAACGUGGUCUAGCAGCAUCUAUCAUUGAUAUUGGUCCUAUCGUGGGUGCAGGCUACAUAGCCCAGCAGCAAAUCAGUAUUGCGACCGUCAAAAAGCCAUACGCGUACAUGCAAAUGUCGGAGCACGAUUUUCAUCAACUGUUUGCUGAAGGUGUCGCUGCUAGCCGUUCCAACUCGAUUGAGAUCGCAACAGGUGUCAGGAGAGUUCGAAUAGACGAGGAACUUCAGCCAAUCUGGGCUGAAAAUCCGUUGAUGAGCCAUUACCUUCUAAACGGUGAAAGCGCGAACAACACCUCCACUGGUAGGAAGGUAAAGGAGCCCCUCAAGAUGCAACUUCUUGGCGCGCAAAGUCAUGAUGCAGUUCGUCGCCUCAUCAAGGAAGCUUUGCUAGAGAAGCUCGGGAUACUACUCCAACUUGAUGUGGAUACGAUGGACCAGACUAGGCUUGAAGCUAUCCGCCUGGAUGAGCUCGGUCUCGAUUCGCUAAUGGCCACUGAGAUCCGCGCCUGGUUGUUGAAGAAUCUUCAAGUCAAUUAUCCGGUCCUUAAAAUACUAAGUGGCAUUUCGAUCUUCGAACUAAUAGAAGCGGCAGUUGAAGGGAUACCGCAAGCAAUGAUCCCGAGCGUGGAAACUUCGGCUCAAUCUCUUCCCAUUAUAGUAACCCAGGCGUCUGAUAUCCAGUCGUCAUCAGCCAGCGAUUCAGCGCUCUCGGAGACUGCUAGCUCAAGUGACGAUACCGCUUCCACGUCAUCCUUGUCGGAGCUAGCAGUCGAACCACAAGUGCCAUCAAGUCCGAAGCCCGUUGUACUCACUUCGAUGAGCUUGUCCUCGGCUCAGAGCAUGUUCUGGGUUGUCUCACAGUUAUUUGAGGACAGAACUAGUCUCAACUUUGCCGGGGCAUGCCGAAUUGCUGGUCCUCUUAACCUCCCUGGUCUUGAACAAGCCAUCAAGGCCGUUGGACAGCAACACGAGGCUCUUCGGACUCGUUUUACCUCCUCUAACGGACAAGCCCUGCAGGAAAUCAUGGAAUCAAGCAUCAUACGACUUGAGCGUCGGGAAAUUCUACAUAAUGAGGAUAUGACUAUGGCGAUUUCCCAGACAUCGGAAGAGGUGCAAGGGCACCACUAUGAUCUUGAGGGAGGUGAAACUAUUCGAUUAAUCCUUCUUUCUUCUUCGCCUACUCACCAUUGCCUAAUUAUGGGGACUUCUCAUCUCUGCAUGGAUGGCCUAUCUAUCCAGAUCCUUUUGACCGACCUAUUCCGACACUACAAUAAAGAGUCGGGCAGUAUGGGAACCUUCCAAUAUCGUGAUUAUGUCCAAUCUCAGAGACGCACCUUGGAUUCCGGAGGGUUUGAAAAGGAAUUCAACUUCUGGAAAGCCCAAUAUCCCGAUUUCCCAGCCCCACUUCCGAUCCUACGCGUAUCGCGUGCCAGAGCGCGACCAAGCUUGACAGCAUUCGACGACGAUAAGGUAGAAACGACAAUCAGCUUUGACACCAAGUCGCGAAUCCAAGCAGUUUGCCGGAAAUGCAGAGUGACUCCAUUCCACUUUUAUCUCGCAUGUUACCGCGCUCUUCUAUCACGAUUUACCGAUGCGGGAGACGUCUCAAUCGGUAUUGGAGACGCCAACAGAACCGAAGACAAUAUGAUGAGUGGAAUAGGCGUCUUCAAUAAUGUGUUACCGCUGCGGUUCCGCAGCAGUGAUACCAGCAAGUUCGAAGAUGUACUGCAAGAAACCCGCACUAUUGCUUAUGCCGGCUUGGAGAACUCAAGGGUGCCAUUCCAGGCUCUUUUAGAAAGAUUACAACCUCCAAGGUCGACCACGCAUACCCCUAUCUUCCAAUGCUCUCUCAACUACAGGCAAGGACAACGUAAGAAAGAAGUCUGGGGCGAUAACGAGCUUGAGUUGCUGUCAAUUAAUGUUUCUAAAACUGGCUACGAUUUGGCCCUUGACAUCAACGACAAUCCGAAAGGAGACUGCUUGGUCGCGUUCAUCUUCCGAAGCGACCUUUACCAGAAGUCGGAAGCAGAAGUCAUUAUUAAAAGCUACGAAAGACUUGUCGAGGCGUUCGCCGCGCAGCCAGAUCAAAUUUUGAGCCAGCCGAGCAUGUACGAACAUGUUGAUACCAUGGCAGCAAUGGGCUUCAGUCGAGGUCAAGCUCGUGUCACUCAAUGGCCCGAAACGGUCAUUCACAGAAUUGAUCAUGUAUCGCAGACCACCCCAGACGCAGUAGCGAUAGAAGACGACACAGGAAGAUUUACUUAUUUGGAACUAUCAAAGCUGUCCUCAUCAAUCGCAACAGCUUUGACCGCAUCCGGAGCGGCGGUCGGUUCAAGGGUAGCUACUCUUCAAGAGCCAACGGCCCGCUGGAUCGCAUCCGUCCUUGCUAUUAUGAGAAUUGGGGCAAUUUAUGUACCGCUCGACCUCUCUAUACCCUGGGCAAGGCUCGCCGCAAUUGUGAAGGAUUGCGAGCCUGAUAUUGUCCUUCUCGAUGACAGCACGAUACUUCACUUUGAAGAACUGCAAAGAACGGAGAUGUUAUCGAUCAAUGUAUCGGAAUUGGAUUCUGGGCAAGAACCAUCGCCAAUUUCGGCAUCUGCAGAUGGCCAUGCUAUUAUCCUUUAUACAAGCGGCUCUUCAGGAACCCCUAAAGGUGUCCCGCUGAAACACGAAGGCAUACGAAACUGGAUAGAGCCAGCACAGGACAUCUACGGUAUUAACGCCGAGAUUGUACUGCAGCAGAGCGCAUGCACCUUCGACAUGUCAUUUGAACAGAUGUUUUUCGCACUUUGCUUUGGUGGAAGCCUUUACCUCCUACCAAGAAGUCUCCGCGGCGAUGCUUAUGCCAUCACUGACUUAAUUGCUCAGAAGAACAUCACCUUUACUGUUGCCACCCCGACUGAAUAUUCCAGCUGGCUCACUUAUAGGCAUACUAGUCUUCUCCCAUCUUGCAAAUGGCAGGUAGCUAUAAGCGGUGGUGAAGCUGUUAGCAAUGGUCUUCUAGCACAAUUCCGAGAUUUGCGCAAGACCAAUCUCCGCUUCUUUAACUCUUAUGGUCCUACGGAAACGACGGUGAUAGCGACGGCUAUGGAAGUGAAGUAUGCGGAUGAGGACACACACUGCAAUGACAUUCCAGCAGGAUUCGUAUUACCGAAUUAUUCCGUUUAUGUAGUUUCUAAUGAUCUCAAGCCCGUUCCCUCUGAAGUCCAAGGAGAGAUAUACAUCGGCGGACCCGGUGUUGCUUCUGGCUAUCUCAAUAAUUCAACCCUAACCGCGGAAAAAUUUGUCCCUGACGUAUUUGCAACAGAUGCGGCAAGGGCAAAGGGUUGGAUCACCAUGCAUCGUACCGGAGACCUUGGCCGUUGGACGAAAGACGGAACUCUCCUCAUCGAAGGCCGCAUAUCUGGGGACACCCAAAUCAAACUACGCGGGAUCCGGAUGGACCUUCGGGAGAUUGAAGAUGCUAUAAUUAAGGCAUCUGGUGGAUCCCUGUCUGAUGUAGUGGUGUCAGUUCGUCGCUCUACACCGGAAUCGCCCGAAUUCCUCGUUGCACAUGUUGUGUUCGACACGCAGCACUCGAAAGAGGAACACGACAACCUUUUGCGAUCUCUUCCCGGCUCAUUACCUCUGCCAAAAUACAUGUGUCCCGCAACCAUAAUUCCCCUCCGCCAAAUGCCAAGAACGAGUUCCGGCAAGCUUGGCCGAAAGGCCAUCAGCGCAUUGCCCCUGCAGGAAAUGCCAACGCACACAGAAGAGCACCACGACGGUGAGCUUACCGAGACCGAACGACGACUAAGAGACAUCUGGAUCACGGUCAUCCAGGAGCAAUUCAAGAGCUCUCGGCCCAUCAUGCCAGACACGGAUUUCUUCCACGUCGGGGGCACAUCAUUGCUUCUUCUCAGCCUAAGAGCAGCCAUCCGCAAAUCAUUCAGCGUCAAUUUGCCCGUGAUCAACUUACUCGAGGCCAGCACACUGAGUACAAUGGCACGUCUCAUAAAUAACGACGCAGUUCCCCCAGAGGUCGUCAACUGGGACGAAGAAACCAGACCGAGCCCAGCCAUCUUAGAAUUAGCAAAGUCAAAUCCCCCAAAACCACCACAGGACUCGCGCGUAAUCGUCCUCACAGGUGCAACCGGCUUCUUGGGCCGCGCCAUCCUCUCCGCCCUCGUCGCCGACGACGCAGUUCAAGAGGUAUACUGCGUCGCGAUCCGCGACCUGGGCAACCGCAAAGACAUCAUCCCGCCACACCCCAAGCUGCGUCUGCACGAGGGCGACUUGACGCUGCCCCGCCUCGGCCUCAGCGAAGACGCCGCGCGCGAAAUCUUCGGCGAAGCGGAUCGUGUUAUCCACGCCGGGGCGCAGAUCUCUCACACGCAAGCGUACCGCUCCUUACGCGCGCCGAAUGUGCUGGCUACGAAGGAGCUCGCGGAGCUGUGCCUGCCGCGCAGGGUGCCGUUGCACUACGUAUCUACGGCGCAGGUCGGCGUGUAUUACGCCGCGAGCACGGGCCGGAGCUCGUUCCCCGAGGUUUCGGCGGCGGCUCAUCAGCCCCCGCAAACGGGGUUCGAGGGGUACGCGGCGAGUAAGUGGGCCAGCGAAGCCUUCCUAGAGCGGGUACGGGAGCAGGUCGGUGAUUGGGAGGUGUUUGUGCAUAGGCCGGCGAUGAUAUCGCGUGCGGACGAGGACCCGGAGAGGGACGUCGUGGGGGCGAUUCGCCGGUUCGCGGCGCGGAUGCGGGCUGUGCCGAAGGUGCCUGGCUAUCGCGGCUUUUUGGAGACGGUGGGGUUGCGGGAUGUUGUGGAUGGGAUUGUGGGUGCGGUGAAGGGUGUUGAUGAGGUUGAUGCGGCUGGGGAGACUGAGGAGACAAGUCCGGGGGUAAGGUUCCACCAUUAUUGCGGUGGGGAGAGCGUCUCGUUGGAUGAUCCCGUGAGUGCGGUUUUCCUUGGUGUGGAUGCAGAUGAGGAUAAGACGGACGGUCACGGUCCGGUUGGGGAGCUUCCGCCGCUGGAGUGGGCGAGGAGAGCGGGCGAGCUGGGCUUGCAUCCGCAUGUUGUGAAGUGGGUUGAGAGCGCCGCGGCGGGGAGGGAACAGGUGUUUCCUAAAGUUGUUAAGGGGGGUUUGGUUCAGUGAGUUCUUUUGUUUGAUGGUUUGGGAUGGAGGUUAGUGUUCAAUGGAGGAGUUGGGAUAUGGAUAACACAUCUAGGGUAGGAUAUUGCUUGCGUUUGAGCCUUUUAGGUAGUCUUUCCUUGGCUCCUUUUAUUAGGUAUUACGGGAUGGGAUGCCUCGGUCGCAGUAGUUUCAUACGUUUCAUAGUAAGAUUAUCACGAAUUUCUUUCAAGGCAACACAACAGGAAGUGGAAAAUGCUGGAUUUGAUGGUGAAAUUGCUU